AUGGAAGGUGAAGAGGUUAGGAAACCAGAGGAGCAAAAUGGCAAAGCUUCCGGUGGAAAUUCGGAGAAAGAUGGGGAGAUGGAGCUGCCGAACGAAAACAGUAGUGCCACCUCAGCGAGCAGUAGUGAACCACGAGUGAGGAAAACAAACAUGGCCGAAAGAGUAAACAAUCAGAAAAACCAGAAGGUUAUUGAAUGGAAAACACCGCAAAAGCGGGGACGUGGAAGGCCCUCUAAACAAAUGUCAAAUCAACUGACAAGCAGUAAGAUAAAAAGUAAAUCGUUGUUGCGAAAUUAUCUACAAGUGCAAACCUCUAGGGGAAAAAACGGGAAUGUAUCUAUUUCUAGUGAAGGUCAGAAUACAAGUGGAGCCGAAGUGUUAAAAGAUUUACAAAGAGAAGUUUUUGAAAAAAUGUUAAAUGAGUGGUGGGACAAAAAAGUGGAAAGAGAGUUCAGGGAGGUCAAGGGUCAAAUUUCAGAGCUAAGGGAUAGAGUUAUAAAAGAUGAGGCAGUGGAAUCCGCAUUAGUUAAAGCUAGGGAGCGAGAGAAAGAAUAUCAGAAAGAAAUAGAAUCAUUGAAAGAAGAGUUAGCAACGAUGUCUGCGCGAAUUAAAGAACAAGGGAUUUUAAGGAACACAGUUGAUGUGACACAGGAUUAUCGUGAGCCAAUAAUUGUUGCUUCAAGGAAUAUCUCAAACGAUAAAGAGGAAUGUGAGGAUGAUAAUAAUAAUAAUGACACAGUGGACACGAAUAUAGAAGUAAGUGAUUUGAAAGUGCUGAAUAAAGAUGCAAUGGGUGUAAAAGUUUUAUCAAUGAUUAGUAGUAGUGAAUUAGAGUGGGAAAUGAAGGAAAGGAAAUCAAGAAAGAAUUGUAUCAUGGUAAGAGGAUUUCGCUCAAGAGGGAAACAUUUAGGAGAACAAAUAAGAUCAGUGUUGUUUGACCUGACAGGUGUAAAUAUUGAGAUUAAAAAUUUAAGGCAUGUAGCGGGAGGGUCACUGAUCACGCUUAAUUCGUGGAUAACAAAGCGAAGAUUAAUGGAGAAUAAGUAUAAGUUGCGAAACACGAAGAUAACAAUAGAGGACGACUUGACUUGGAGAGAACAGGAGAUACAAAAUCGAAUUAAGGAGGAAGUCAUGUUAGCGAGUGAAGUGGGAGCUGUAAGCAAAUUUUCGUAUAUGAAGUGGACAAUUAAUGACAGAGAAUUCACCUGGAAUGAAGAAAAAGGUGUAAUCGAGGGGUUUCGUAACCAGGAGGGGAGGCGCUUCGAAAAUAAUAACAGAUUCGAUUAA